AAAAGUGGUUUAAAGUGGCUUCUGUGGUUUAAGCUCUCAGGGACAGUGUUGCACUUUCAUUGCACUUUUAUCUUUUUUUUUCUUUUUCUUGCUGAUAAAUGUCUAUGUUACUUUUUGUUUGUGUUUUUUGUGCAUUUAUCUUUUACUGGCUUUUGUUCCACGGAAUAGCUUUCUGUUAAUAAUCCAUAUUAUUAGAUGGUGCUCGGAGUGUACUUAGAGCGUGUUUUGUGGCUAUAGAGGUUUGAUUCCGCUUCGAAUCACUUGGUACCAUUGUGUCUCUUUUAAUGUGAUAAAGUUAGUUUCAUACUCAGACAUUGUAUUUUUCUUUUAUAUGUUUUUUAAUGUGACAUGAAAAGGAAAACAGGCCAAAUGUGUUUAAAGUGACAGCUUUUUGAACAUACUGAGAGUUAAAAGCAACAGAUGCUAAAUGCAAACACUAAUACUAAUACAUUUGUACGUGUGGCUUAAAUGUCCACAUAUAUUUUGGGGCCGCUGUAUUUGAUGCUGUUGAAUCUGUAUGAAAGCAUACAUGUAUUUUGUUUAAUCUGUUUAUUAUUAUAUAAUGCUAUAUUAUUACAUAAUGAUAUUUUUUGAAUUAAGAGAAACACCCUGUUACCUGUAGUUACUUAAAUAUUUCUCUGUCCACACCUGGCUUUGCUUGUUUUAGGAAACCUGCACACACUCCUCCACACAAUAUCAGAGAAAGAUGACCUCCUUUUCUUAUAUUUGCAUCGUGUGGCUCACCUUCUGUGUGGGCCUCCUCUCUUUAGAACCUGAGAUCACUGUACCUGGCCAGGUGGGGUCUACAGCUGUCCUGCCGUGUAAACUGCAGCGUGUAGGCACUGAAACACCGCAUAUUAGGUGGCGCAUCAAAUCUGAGGAUGUGUUUGAGCGAUUUGGUGAGGAGAGCUAUCAGGGUGAGGGAUAUGAGGGCCGUGUGGACGUCCCUGAGGAAGAGCUGCGUAAGGGGAACUGUUCCUUGGUGUUGCGCAAUCUGACAGUUACUGAUGCAGGUGUCUACACGAGCUACCAGAUAGUGAAACUCACCAAGAGCUCUGCCUCUGGCAUGACAAAAAGAGAAGAGAUCAGCCGUGUUAAUCUCUCAGUCCAGGAAAAACCUAAAGAGAGGAAACAGGAACCAUCAACUUCCUCAACUCUCUCAGGCAAGUAAAUAUCAA